AAACUUCACACAUUUUUUUGUUGCUAAAGUUUUAAAUUAAACAUUAAAAAAUAUUUAAUUAAAUUAUAAAUGUUUUUUAAACUAAAUGAUCAUGCCAAUUUGUGAGAAUACUUCAAGGAACUUCAAUAACUUAUAAAUGAAUUAAACAUUUUUAUAUAAAUAAUAAACAUGAAUUGCGAAAUGUAAUUAGUUGCUGUUAUAAGUUGUCAUAAAGAAGAUUUUGUCAAAGACGAAAUGUUAAAACUACUGUUUUUACUAAUUGCUGUAGUUGCUUGCCAUGCGGGUCUGCUGUAUCCUGAGGUGCCAAUUACGUCAGCUGUUACAAAUGUUCACUCUCCUACGGCUAUAUCACAUCAAUCAAUUACACAUAUACACACCAAAGAUCACCAGUUGCUUGUUAAGCCACAGGAUUUUGUUCUAAACAAGGAAACAUUACCUACACUUCACAAGGAAAGUUCACAUCUGGAUAAUAUAGUAUUUUCUUCUACUGAUAAUUCAGCCGAAAAUGAAGAGUUUGACCAUAUUAAAUCAUCUGAAUUUGAUACUUCUUCACCCUAUAUUAGUUAUAAGGAUACUACUCCAGUGUUCACUAGUCACUCACAUACUCCAGCUCAUUUAACUUAUGCUGCUCGACCUAUAGUGUACAAAAUGUUACCUCAACAUAAAACAUCGGUUCUUAACAAAAGUUAUGAAGCAUUUCUUACUAGUCCUAGACUUAAGUCUUAUAAUUAGUAGCAACAUUUAAGUUUUAACAUUUUAUUAUAAUUAUAUG